AUGUCUAAGAACAAGGAGGAACUACUGAAUGAUGUAUCUCAUGAAUUCUUGUUCCUUCAAAAGGGAAAAAUUAUUGAGGAUCUUUGCAAGCAAAUCAAGCAGAGACAAAAACUAGCAGCAGAGAAGGAAAAACAAACCAAAGCACCAGCAGGUUCUUCAAACCAACUUGAAGCAUUGGCGGCUACAAGUGAGGGUGAUAGCACCUAUGAAGAGGAUCCAUCAAGCAAUGCCAAAGACUCUCAAAACAUUGGUGAUGAAGACACCUUAGAGCAACUCCACCCCGGGUGGCAUAUGUAG